GAACGCACCUCACACUGCAUAUGAGAAAGUUGUCACGUGAUUGUCACGUGGUUGUCACUUUUUGACAUAAAGGUUGUCAAACCUUUUUGUGUUUCCUAAGAAAAAUGAAUGAACACUGAAGCAUGCCUUUAGCAAAUUAUGCAAAAAUAGGAAUUGGAUGGACUGUUGUUAUUGCAGCCGGAAUUUAUUCAUUUUAUAUAUCAAAAUCACUCAUAGACAAGAGGCGCUAUGAGAAUAUGAAAAUUAGGGAACGUAUGCGAGAAUCUAACAGCGAGGAAUACGAGCCAAGCUACCGGAAAUUUUCAACAUACACAAUUGAAGACAGUGAUUUUAAGAAUUAA